AUUGAACGAUGUUCGGAAAAUGGGGUGGAAAGUCCUGGAUGAAAAGAUUAAGAAAUGGAUAUACGCCGCCAAAAUCAGCAUCCGAAUUCUGUUUGCCCGAGAGAAGCGGCUGUGCGUCGAUGUGUUUGAGGGGCUCGACAAGAUGAGAGAUGCUUGUUUUGCUGAAAUCGCCACGGACUGCACAGCCAGGCUUCUCGCCUUCGCAGAGGCGGUGGCCGCCACGAGCCGGGCGCCUGAAAGAAUGUUCAGGGUCCUUGACCUCUACGAAGCGCUUACGGAUCUUAUGCCCGACAUAGAAGACAUAUAUUCUGAAGAAGCCUGCCGAAGCGUGCACGAGCAAGCCAACAGGAUCCUGGCCCGGCUAGGUGAGGCGGCGAGGAGGAUUUUGACGGAAUUUGAGAAGGCCAUCGAGAAGGAGAAAUCUAAGGCCCCCGUUGCGGGCGGCACCGUUCAUCCUCUCACCAGAUACGUCAUGAAUUAUCUCUCUUUUCUCUCCGAUUACACAGAAACUUUUGUAAACGUAAUCAUAGACGCGCCUGGAGAGCUACCCGACAAGGAUCUGAACGAUCCCUCUGCCCCGCUGUCCAUCCGCCUAGGGUGGACUGUUUUCCACCUGCUGUGCAAGCUCGACAAAAUAUCUGAUCUGUAUAAAGACGCCUCUCUGUCCCAUCUCUUUCUCAUGAACAAUCGUCACUACGUGUUACACAAAGUGAAUGGCUCAGAACUCAAAUAUAUACUGGGGGAGGAAUGGCUGAGAAACAUUGGAAAGGCAGUACGCCGUGAGUAAUGAGAGAAGCGCGUGGAUGAAAGUGAUGUCGAGUUUAACAAACGAUUAAGUUCUUGUGAUGAGGUUUUGAAAGAGAGAUUAAAGGGUGUGUUCAAGUAAGCGAUGGAAGGUACGCAUAGUAGCUGACGUCAGCCUGCGAGAGAAAUUCACAGAGAACUUGGUAGCGUCAUGCGGUCGCUUUCUUAGCAGAUUCAGAAGGCGGUUUGAAAGCGAUGCGUACAUCAUAUAACGCCUGAACCUGUUGCCUGUAUUUUGGACUUGGUGUUGUUAGACUUUGUGGCAUAUAUAAUAAAGUAAUAAAAAUAUCCAGUUAAACUUUUUUUUAAAGAGGUGUAAGAUUUUGU